AUGGGGAAAUCCUCACAAGAGUUAUCAAUUUACUUGGACACCUGUAUCUUUCAGGUCACAAAAAAUCUUCAUGGAGCAUUGUCUUGCCUUAGAAAUCGGCACCUAGAACGAAUUGUCUGGAUAGAUGCGAUUUGUAUAAACCAAGAGGACUUGAAAGAGCGAGAGAACCAGGUUGGACACAUGGCGAGGAUCUACGUUAUGGCAAAAUCUGUAAUGGUUUAG